AUGCCUCAAGGUAUUUAUGUGAGUGGCGCUGUCGCUGGUGUGCUCGGUGGUAUAGCGAUAUCAUACCAUCUCUACAAAAACAAAUAUAAUUCAUCGAAUAUACCCGAGCAAUGGAAGAAAAUAGGCACAUUAAAAGACCUAUUGGUUUAUCCAAUAAAGUCUUGUGCGCCAAUUAUACUGAACAACGUCGAAUGUUCUGCGCUCGGUUUACAAAAGAAUUGGACAAGAGAUAGGUUUUUAAUGGUGACCGAUGAGAACUACCAUUUUCUUACGGCCAGAAAUUACCCCGAAAUGCUGAGAGUACAUUCUUCUUUUAAUAAAUCAAUUUUAACACUGAGUCACCCUGAAAUGGAACCUGUUAGAAUUAACUUGGAGGAGGUUAUGGAACUGCAAAAACCAAAGAAAGGUGAUGUAUGGGGUACCCAAGUGCCUGUACUUGAUUGUGGGUGGGCUGCUUGUGACUGGUUCACAAGAUUACUCGGCAAUUCAGAGAAAACUAUUAAACUUGUGAUUUACGCGGCUAAAAAAAGUCGCAAGCUGAAUCAUCAUUUAGAGAAAAUCUACAAUUUCGGUAAUGAAGAUAGGGGUGUUUUCUCGGAUGACACUACAUACAAUUUAAUAAACCAAGCUUCAGUGGACGACCUGAAUAAGAAAAUUGAGAACGCGGAGAUCACCUAUCGCAACUUUAGACCUAACUUUGUGGUGACUGGCGCUAAACCGUACGAAGAAGAUAGUUGGAACUUUAUCAAGAUCGGUGAUGCUGUUUUCGAAAUUAUCAUGCCGUGCUUCAGAUGCGUCCUCACAACACUGGAUCCAGAAACUGGUGCUCGAAGCCCAGCUUCAGAGCCUUUGGAAACCCUGAAAAGCUACCGUCUACCAGACGACCCAGAUCUUCGUAAAGCUGUUGGUAAUUCGCCACGAAUGGGCGUACAGAUGGCGCUACGGUCCGCUCCUGGUGCUAUAAUUAAGCUAAACGACAAUGUAUAUGUCGCAUAA